AUCAUGUACACGAAGACAAUUAGAAGCUCAAACAAAACUAUUCCUAGCUAGCCGGAGAAGUGAGAACUCAUCGCCGACAUGUCUCCGGCAGCCAAACUACAGGUGCCACUUCUACCGGAGCACAAACCUGCGCUGAGGCAUGCGUCGGUAUGCGGGGCGGUGUUCAACGUGUCAACGAGCAUAAUUGGCGCCGGCAUCAUGUCCAUUCCGGCCACGCUUAAGGUCCUCGGUGUUAUUCCUGCUUUUUUGCUGAUCCUGGUUAUUGCUUUGUUGAGUGAUGUCUCGGUGGAGUUCUUGUUGAGGUUUACUCACUCGGGUGAUACAACAACCUACGCCGGUGUCAUGAAGGAGUCUUUUGGUCGGGUGGGAUCGACGGCCACACAAGUUUGUGUUAUGAUUACUAAUCUUGGGUGUUUGAUUAUGUACCUGAUUAUCAUCGGGGACGUCCUCUCUGGAAGUCACCCUGAAGGAGUGGUCCACUUGGGCAUUUUGCAGAAAUGGUUUGGCAUUCACUGGUGGAAUUCGCGGGAAUUCGCACUCCUCGUCACCGUUGCCUUCAUUUUACUUCCAUUGGUCCUUUUACGGCGAGUAGAGUCGCUGAAGUUCAGUUCAGCAAUAUCGGUUCUACUUGCAGUGGUAUUUGUUGGCAUAAGUUCUAUGAUGGCAAUCUUUGCACUCGUGGAAGGGAAAGCAAAGAGCCCGAGAUUGCUACCUCACUUGGACAAUCAAGUCUCCUUCUUUGACCUUUUCACCGCAGUCCCUGUCAUUGUGACAGCCUUCACAUUCCAUUUCAAUGUUCACCCAAUUGGGUUCGAGCUUGGCAAGUCUUCUGAUAUGAUGAAAGCAGUUCGAAUAUCACUAGUACUUUGCGCUGCCAUCUACUUUGCCAUCGGCCUCUUUGGGUACCUUUUGUUUGGCGAUUCCCUCAUGUCGGAUAUACUCGUAAAUUUUGAUCGGAAUUCGGGUUCAGCAAUUGGUUCAUUAUUAAAUGACAUUGUACGGUUGAGCUAUGCACUGCAUGUCAUGUUGGUGUUCCCUCUUUUGAACUUCUCAUUGAGGGCCAACAUAGAUGAGUUCCUUUUCCCUAAGAAGCCCCUUUUGGCCACAGACACCAGAAGAUUUCUAUCCCUCACUCUUGUUCUGCUAGUCAUCUCUUACCUGGCUGCAAUUGCCAUCCCAAAUAUAUGGUACUUUUUUCAGUUCCUUGGAUCAACCUCUGCAGUCUGCCUAGCCUUCAUCUUUCCUGGUGCUGUUGCUCUCAGGGAUGUUCAUGGUAUAUCAACAGAAAGGGAUAGGAUUAUGGCAGCAGUAAUGGUAAUCCUGGCUGUAGUAACAAGCACAAUUGCCAUUUCCUCCAAUAUACACACUUUCUUUGGAAACAAGUCAUAGUCCCCCCACAAUCAUUUUGGGUAUAGUUGAGGUGCUUGUAUUUUUGUGUGUGUUCAAAUUUUGUUGUCUGUAGGAUCCAACAGCAAGCCGGUUCAAUCAUAUUAAGCAUAUCUUUUCAAAAUAUUAAUCUGAUAGAACAAGCAACAGUGGCAUCUACAAAUAUAUCCAGUUCUUUCAACUGAUUGAAAAAGGGAUGUUAAUUAUUGACAAAGAACAAAGUGGAUUCUCCCAUCCUGGGAUAAGAAGUUCUGGUGCACGAUGUUAUGGAAAAGCAAGAAGCAAUUCGUUGUUGCUCACGCUUCUGACAUUGGUGUCUCUCUAUCUGACCUCACUCUUAUGUAUUGUGAUAACAAGAAUGCUAUUCAAAUUGCUCAUGAUUCAAUCUUUUGUGAUCGCACUAAGCAUCUUGAGUAUGAUUGUCAUCUUAAGCAUCAUCACCUUCAGCAUGGCACCGUCUCUCUCUCCCCUUUGUCUCCUCUACUUUGCAAUUGGCGAAUUUCUUCACAAAAUCCCACGCUAUUUCGCGCUUCCAGUUUCUUCUUGGCAAACUCUCGAUGCCUCUCGCUGCCCCAUUGUGAGUUUGAGGGGGGUGUUAAAGCAUGUGUUAGAAAAUAUAUGUAAAUAUUGAGUAUUUUAGUCUUUGACUCUUUGUAUUGCCUUUAGGGUUGUUAUAUUAUUUUUGUAUGUUUUGUCUUGUUCUCUGUAAUAUGAAAACAGAGCUACCAGCGUGCUGCUGUUGCUCUCAUUCUCUCUUUA